GGAGAGAGCGGAAGAGACGCGGUCUAGUUCCGGAUGCGGCCUCCGUAGCUGCCGCCAUCUGUCACCUCAGCUCCGGCAGCAGCAGCGGGUCUUCCGUAGUCCGCUCCUGUACUCGGCCGAGCCCACUCCCUGUCGUGUCACCUUUCGGCUGCGCUGUUGUCCCCGCCUUCUUUCCUGAAUGGACCUGGUGGGAGUGGCUUCUCCUGAGACCCGGCCGGCCGCAGCCUGGGGACCCACUAAGUGCCCAUGGGCUACGUCUCAAAACACAAUGUCCUGUUCAUUGACUGAUGUGAUGAGUGAAGAGUUGGCUAAAGAGUUGCAGUUGGAGGAAGAAGCUGCUGCUUUUCCUGAAGUUGUUGUUGCUGAAAGACCAUUUAUUUCUGGAGAAAACAUUGACACUUCCAGUGACCUAAUGUUGGCUCAGAUGCUACAGAUGGAAUUUGACAGAGAAUAUGAUGCUCAGCUGAGGCGUGAAGAGAAAAAGUUCAAUGGUGAUAGCAAAGUUUCCAUUUCAUUUGAAAAUUACCGAAAAGUGCAUCCUUUUGAAGACAGUGACAGCUCUGAAGAUGAGGUUGAUUGGCAGGACACUCGUGAUGAUCCUUACAGACCAGCAAAGCCAGUUCCUACUCCCAAAAAGGGUUUUAUUGGCAAAGGAAAAGACAUCACCACCAAGCAUGAUGAAGUAGUGUGUGGGAGAAAGAACACAGCGAGGAUGGAGAACUUUGCACCUGGCUUUCAGGUAGGAGAUGGAAUUGGAAUGGAUUUAAAACUGUCCAACCAUGUUUUCAAUGCUUUAAAACAACAUGCCUACUCAGAGGAGCGUCGCAGUGCCCGGCUUCAUGAGAAGAAGGAACAUUCUACUGCAGAAAAAGCAGUCGAUCCUAAGACACGUUUACUUAUGUAUAAAAUGGUCAACUCUGGAAUGUUGGAGACAAUCACUGGCUGUAUUAGUACAGGAAAGGAAUCUGUUGUCUUUCAUGCAUAUGGAGGGAGCCUGGAGGAUGAAAAGGAAGAUGGUAAAGUUGUACCUACAGAAUGUGCCAUCAAGGUAUUUAAAACAACCCUUAAUGAGUUUAAGAAUCGUGACAAAUACAUUAAAGAUGAUUUCAGGUUUAAAGAUCGCUUCAGUAAACUAAAUCCGCGUAAGAUCAUCCGCAUGUGGGCAGAAAAAGAAAUGCACAAUCUUAUAAGAAUGCAGAAAGCUGGAAUUCCUUGUCCAACAGUUGUACUGCUCAAGAAACACAUUUUAGUUAUGUCUUUCAUUGGCCACGAUCAAGUGCCAGCCCCUAAAUUAAAAGAAGUAAAGCUUAGUAGUGAAGAAAUGAAAGAAGCCUACUAUCAAACUCUUCAUUUGAUGCAGCAGUUAUAUAAUGAAUGUACCCUUGUGCAUGCUGACCUCAGUGAAUACAACAUGCUCUGGCAUGCAGGGAAGGUCUGGUUGAUUGAUGUGAGUCAGUCAGUAGAGCCAACCCAUCCUCAUGGUCUGGAGUUCUUAUUCCGUGACUGUAGGAAUGUCUCCCAGUUUUUCCAGAAAGGAGGAGUAAAGGAAGCCCUUAAUGAACGAGAACUGUUCAAUGCUGUUUCUGGCUUGAACAUCUCAGCAGAUAGCGAAGCUGAUUUCUUGGCUGAGAUAGAAGCUUUGGAGAAAAUGAAUGAAGAUCAUGUUCAGAAGAAUGGGAGGAAAGCUGCUUCCUUUUUGAAAGAUGAUGGCGGUCCACCUGUGCCAUCUACUGACUAGCACCAGCCCCUCUGCUCUCCUUGUCAGCACAGCAGCGCACCAGCUGCUGGCAGAAACAAAGCAUGGGUGACUCGAAUACCAAAGCAGGAGGAGUGUACAUCGGUGCUUCUGUGCGUCCUACUUGUAACCUAUGUGCCAGAUGUGUGGAAUUUUUAACUUGGCAUUGAAAGAAUAAAAUGUCACUACCUCUCAUCUUAUGAAAAGGAUAAGAGAGUUCUUUCAUAGGUGCAGCUUCUAGCUGAAGGAGAUUGAAUUUUACACAACUCAUGAUAUAAAAUGUCUUGGUGAGCGUUUUUAAAACUUAAGCAGUGUUUCUAAAUAUGGGAGGAAAGGGGAGAUGUGUUUAGGAGGAAGGUUUGACGGCAACACCUGCUUUCACCUCCAGCUUUCUGUUGCAUCCUCCUUCAAAUAAUCAUUCUAAAUUGGUCCUCCACUAUUUUCCAAACUAUGGCUGUGGUUCUAAAGGAGAAUUUCUUCUCCAUAGUGAGUGUUCUAAACAAGAAUUGAGCUUCAGAAUGAUGGAACAAGAGUAAGGAGUGGACAUUCUAUCAGUACAUCAUGCAAAUGAAUGGAAUUUGACUUUUUCCAUUUCCUAACCAAAAAAGACAUCAUAGGUUUCUGAAAGAGAUAAAUAUGGACAGAUUUCUUAACUAACCAAAUUUAAAUUUUUAACUUUUAGGUUUUCUUUGUUUAGGUUAAAUGGUUGUAAUAUAACUCAUCUACAUUUAUAAUGAAUAUGUAAAUUAUCUGGAAGGGUAGAAUAUAACACUUAUAUUUGACAUUUUAAGAAGUCUGUGAAACAGAUUUCAGUUUACAUUUCACUAAAACUAUAUAAUACUGAUUUCUGAUUGGUUUGGAGAGAAAUGGAGGAAACUAAUUAGAUCUGUUAAAUGAGCAGAGGAUGAAGAGUAUAUGAAAAACAUUUUGGGUACCAAAUUAACCAAUCACUAUGAGCCACCUGGCCUCAUGUUUAAUAGUCUUAACACUGGCUGGAUAUUGCUUUGAAAAAGCAAGUGCUGUCCUGGAAAGGUCUGCUGGCUUUGUUAGGAUUAAACUCCAUUAACUACCUAACCAUUCCUCCAGUCCCGGAAGGCAGAUUGGAACCACUAAACAGCAAAAGUUUCUGUCUGGUAGUAAAAAAGUAAAAAUCUUAAAACAUAAUUUAUUUUGAAAGCUUUUAAUGUUAUUGUAAAAUGCCAAAUAUGUUCUUUCUAGGAAAGUAUUUAUUUUUGUUUCUGUUACUGCUUUUAGCUGCAUUUUAGAGGAGUGUGACUUUGGAUAGACUCGUGUUUCUGAGGUGUUUACUACUCUGCAACAAAGAUUUAAAUGAUUGUUAAUUAUUGGCUUUACAGAAAUUCCAGAGAAUUCAUUUUUCAAACAUUUAAAACUUUUGUCUUUUGACAUACUCUUUGACAAAACAUUGCUUGGAGUGUGCUGUGAACUUGCCUUUCAAGAAAUUAAAAAUGGAAAGAUCAUUUUA